CCAUUUUUGAAGUCUUCCCUAAAAUAUCUCCUCUAUACUUCUUCUCUAAGUAUUCAAAAUUUCUUACUUUACAAACUCUUAGAUCCCUAUAAACAACAACCCCAUUUCAUAUUUUUGUAAUAAAGAUUCAAUCUUUGGGUUUUUUUUUUAUACAUAAUGGGGGAUUCAAAAAAGUACAUAACAGCUGAGGAGUUAAAGAAGCAUAACAAAAGAGAGGAUUUAUGGAUCUCUGUUCAGGGGAAAGUUUAUAAUGUGACUGAUUGGAUUAAGCAGCACCCUGGUGGAGAUAUCCCUUUACUUAAUCUUGCUGGACAAGAAGCAACUGAUGCAUUCAUUGCUUUUCAUCCAGGUACUGCUUGGAAACAUCUUGAUAACUUCUUUACUGGUUAUUAUUUACAAGAUUAUAAGGUUUCUGAGGUAUCAAGGGAUUAUAGAAAGCUUUGUGUUGACUUUGCUAAAGCUGGAUUGUUUGAAAAAAAGGGUCAUGGGGUUAUGUAUUCAUUUUGUUUUAUUGGGUUUUUGCUUUUCUUGACUUUCUAUGGUGUAAUUUUUAGUGAUAGUUUCUUGAUUCAUAUGCUUUCUGGAGCAUUGUUGGGGUUAUCUUGGAUGCAGAUUUCUUAUUUGGGUCAUGAUUCUGGUCAUUACUUGAUAAUGACAAAUAAGGGGUUCAAUAAAAUGGUACAGAUUAUGUCAGGGAAUUGUCUUACUGGGAUUAGUAUUGCUUGGUGGAAAUGGACUCAUAAUGCUCAUCAUGUGGCUUGUAAUAGCUUGGAUUAUGAUCCUGAUCUUCAGCACUUGCCAGUUUUUGCAGUAUCUUCAAGUCUGUUUAAGUCAUUGAAUUCUACCUUCUAUGGAAGAGAGUUAACGUUCGAUUCUCUGGCAAAAUUCUUUGUCAGCUAUCAACAUUUUACUUUCUAUCCAAUCAUUUGUGUUUCCAGGGUGAAUUUGUUUGUACAGACGUUGUUGUUGUUGUUCUCAAGAAGGAAAGUGCCUGAUAGAUUUUUGAACAUAUUGGGGAUCAUGGUUUUCUGGACUUGGUUUCCGCUUCUUGUUUUCGCCUUGCCUAAUUGGACAGAGAGGGUGUUGUUUGUUCUCACAAGCUUUGCUGUGACCGGGAUUCAACACGUUCAGUUCUGUCUGAAUCAUUUUGCUGCUGAUGUCUAUGUUGGACAGCCUAAGGGGAAUGAUUGGUUUGAGAAACAAACAGCGGGGACUAUUGACAUUGAUUGUUCUCCUCAGAUGGAUUGGUUCUUUGGAGGAUUGCAGUUCCAGCUUGAGCAUCAUCUGUUUCCAAGGCUACCAAGGUGCCAACUGAGGAAAGUUUCUCCUAUUGUGCAGGAGCUAUGCAAAAAGCACAAUUUGUCCUACAGGAGUUUGUCCUUCUUUGAGGCCAAUAGGUGGACAAUAAGGACACUCAGGACUGCGGCGAUGCAGGCUAGGGGUCUGCUCUGGGAAGCUGUUAACACUCAUGGCUAAUCUAGAUUUUUGUAAGUUAAUUGUUUGUUUUCAUUGCAAUUGGAUAUUGUCUAUU